AUGCACCACAAACAAAGCACCACGCACCAAGAACGACGAACCAUGCACCACGAACCACAAACCAACCACCACGCACCAAGCAACACGAAACAAGCACCACCCACCAAGCACCAAGCAAUACGCACCAAGCACCACGAACACAGCACCACGCACCAAGAACCAAGCAAUAAGCAACACGCACCACGCUCCACAAACCAAGCACCACGCACCAAGCACCAUGAACAAAGCACCACGCACAAAGCACCAAGCACUACGAACCAAGCACCACGCACCGAGCACCAAGCGUUACGCAACAAGCACCAUGCACCACACACCAAUCACCACUUUCCACGCUCCUUGCAUUACGAACCAAGCACCACGCACCAGUCACAACGCACCAAGCACCACACACCAAGCACCACGCCCCAAUCACCACGCACUAAGAACAAAGCACCACGCAACAAGCACCAAGCACCUCGCACCAAUCACAAAGCAUUACGCACCAAGCACCACGAACCAAGCACCACGCAUCUCGCACCACGAACCAAUCACCAUUCACCACGCACCAAUCACAACGCAUCAAGCACCACACACUAA